GUCCCUCUCUUCUCCUCUCUUUCCUUUGCUGUUUCCUUUACCAAUCAUUCCCUCAUUGCUCCACCACCACCGCCGGUCCAGUGGUCCACCGCCAUCACCACCACCACCACGCGAGGCGAUUUCUUAAUCUGAUCCGGUACAUUAUUUUCAUCAUUGAAGCGAAUGUGCAUCUGUGGCGUUUGUUAAACUGUUGGAUCUCGAAGUGAUGGGGAGUAUCUCUUCUGACGAGCAGAGUGAGCGGUGCGGGAGCUACAGUUUGAGUGCUGAUGUCAGUGAGUCGGAGAGUUGUAGUAGCUUCUCCUGUCGGCGGUUUGAUGGAGAGGCUGGUUGUUCUAGUUCGAUGACGUCAUCUCCACGGCUGCAUCUUCCUGGGAGUUUCGGUUUCCAGAUCCCUGUGAUGCUUCCGGUGAUCGGAGGGAAGGAUGUGGCAGUUUGGGGUGACGAAAAGCCUGAGAAACGGGACAUUGAUUUGUCCGAGGUUGACAUGAUGAAGGAGAGAUUUGCUAAGCUUCUUCUUGGAGAAGACAUGUCUGGAGGUGGUAAAGGAGUGUGUACUGCACUUGCUAUUUCAAAUGCAAUCACAAAUCUCUCUGCAACUGUAUUUGGUGAGCUGUGGAGGUUAGAGCCAUUAGCAUCACAGAAGAAGGCAAUGUGGGUGAGAGAGAUGGAGUGGCUUUUAUGUGUGAGUGAUUCGAUUGUGGAGCUUGUACCUUCAAUACAACAAUUCCCUGGAGGGGGUACUUACGAAGUAAUGGCAACACGGCCACGAUCAGAUUUAUAUGUGAAUCUUCCUGCACUAAAGAAGCUUGAUGCAAUGUUGAUUGGUAUGCUUGACGGGUUUUGUGAUACGGAAUUUUGGUAUGUUGAUCGGGGUAUAAUCAUGGGUGAUGAUGGUGAUUGUGAUGCAUAUCCCUCAUCAAUUUCUGGUGGGAGGCCUUCGAUUAGGCAGGAGGAAAAAUGGUGGUUGCCGUGUCCUAAAGUACCUCCAAAUGGGUUAUCUGAGGAUGCAAGCAAGAAGUUACAGCAAUGUAGGGACUGCACAAACCAAAUCUUGAAGGCAGCCAUGGCAAUCAAUAGCAGUGUGCUGGCUGAGAUGGAGAUACCUUCACCGUACUUGGAGACCUUGCCCAAGAGUGGAAAAGCUUGCCUGGGAGAUAUCAUUUAUCGCUACAUCACUGCUGACAAGUUCUCAUCAGAAUGUCUCCUUGAUUGCCUUGACCUGUCAUCAGAGCAUCAUACUCUGGAAAUAGCUAAUAGGAUAGAGGCAGCAGUGCAUGUAUGGAAGCAGAAAAAUCAGAAAAAGCAUAUGAAUCACACGAAAGUCAGGCGCUCACCAUGGAGUGGUAAGGUUAAGGGCCUUGCUGCUGACAGUAAAAAGAAUCAUUUUCUCGCUCAACGAGCUGAGACUCUUCUGCAAAGCCUUAGGCUUCGCUUUCCUGGUCUUCCACAGACUUCAUUGGAUAUGAACAAGAUUCAAUACAACAGGGAUGUUGGCCAGUCCAUUCUAGAAAGCUACUCAAGGGUGAUGGAGAGCUUGGCCUUCAACAUUAUGGCAAGGAUAGAUGACGUCCUCUACGUUGAUGAUGCCAUAAAACGAUGUGCUGCAGCAGAAUCAAUCUCCCUCUUCAGCCGGGGAGGCUUAAGUGGUCUUCCAAUCCAGAAGCGAAUCUCCCCUAGUCCCUUCUCAAUUCAGCACACUCCUUAUGCUUCUCCAUUUGGCACGCCAACCUUCUGUUCGUCAACUCCUCUAACAGGAAGCCCAAGAAGGGCACCUUCCUCUCUGAAGAGACACAACCCUAAAGAGGAACCAGAGUGGAAGUUUGAAAAGCCAUGUCCAGCUGACUCUGAGAGGGUCUGGUCUGGGAAUGUCAGUGCAAGGACUUCAAGGGAUGCUCCUGAGAGAGACUGACUUAGUGAUUCAUCAUCCGAGCAAGAAUAAAUUGGAGUAUACUAUGUUGUAUUUACUGCAAGGUACAUAGCUGCUUCAGGUAGCUGACAGGCUGAGGGAGUUCGGUAAUCUAAUCCUGUGCAUAUUUAUUAGUAGUAGGAAUCACUUUUAAAAGUUUUGGUCUUAGUUUUCUAGUCAUGUGUUAGGAAGAAGGAAGAUGAUAAUACUUUUAACUGAAUUACUUUGCAUUGCAGCAAUGAUUUGAUAGCUAGAUUUCCUGUCUAUAUGUUCUUUAACAUGUCUAAAAUGUGUCGGUUGUUGUCACCGACAAACACUAGAGUAGGGCACAAGAAAAGUUCUAGGGGGUUUCAAGUUUUCAACUUUCAACUGGAUUGAUGGAAGCAAAUAUUCUCAGUUUACAGAACAAAAGGUUAACAGAACA